AUGAAAUUAUUCAAUAAGGCGAUUGUAAAUUUUAUCAUUUUCAUGCUAGCAGUGGAAAGUAAAGACCUGCGUAUAGAAGCACUAAGUCCUAGACACAAUAUAUAUGCUUAUUACGUUCCCAAUACGUUUUGUACCAAAGAAGACGCUAGAUUACUAAACACAUGUACAUACGAUCUUUUACCCAGAUUAAAAGUGUGCAACACUAAUGAUCUACUUUGUGAGUGUCGCGCCUUGAAGAACUUAGAAAGAAAGUGUUUCGGUUUAUGCACAAAUUCUAUUCCUAGUAACUUUUUAUCUAUUAUGUCAGAUGUUUGUAGAACCCUAGAUGGAGGAAAUCUACGCAAUGUGACAGUUGAAACUCGACCUGUUAGUCUAGAAAGAUAUUUUAACUCGAACAAAAUUCUAAUCGAGAAACAAAAAUCAAAUGCUACUGUAACAACGAGACUAGGCAACAAAGGAGCGGAAACCAAACAUAAUUCCUAUGAUAUUUAUGGUGAUAUGUCGCAGGAAAAUGGUAAAAUUAAACAAAAAUACUACAGCAUUACUUACACGAAUUCGACAGACAUUGGAGAAAGAUACGAGCAGUUAUCAGAGACAUCCAAGACUAAAACUUUUACAUCCUUGCCAAUUUAUUUUUUUUCUAUAAUUAUUUUUGUAUUUUUGUACCUUUAA